CCAGGUUGCCCACCCCAGCGCAUAACCCAGAUCCAUGCAUAAAGAUAGAUCGUAAGGUAUCUUCCCUUUUUCAUCUCGUUUUCCGUUUUUCAUCCCAACCGACUUCGUUGAACCUUUUAUCCCAACCAACUUCGUUGAACCUUUUAUCCGCACGCCAACCCACCAUCAAAAUGGCACCUCGCCGUACUCAAGCCUCUCAACCUCCGGCCGACCGCGGCGCCAGCUCUUCCGCCGCCAGAGAAAAAGAUCCGAACGACGACUGGAUUAAUCAGAACAUGCCGAUCAUUGGCGGCCUAGAUCUCCUCAGUCUCCUCCGCCGUCGCAGUCUUACCUUCCUCGUCAAUAAGGCUGAGCAGUCCGUCCAGUUCGGGAAGGUAGAAAUGCCAGCGCCAUUCCGCUACCCUUUCGACUACCCCUUCUCCGAGAGCCAGUCGUUCAAUCGAGUGUAAGGAUGUGUGCGGGAGCUGGCCGUCUAUCCGUCUGUCAUAUCAAUCGUCGGGGAAACUCCAUCCAUAAGCG